AUGAAAAAUCUGUCUAGAUCAGUCCAUCGAAUAUGGCGGCUAUGUAUUCGAAAUACUGAGAGACACUAUAGCAGGUUUUCCUUUAGGAAUCGUUUUCCUGACGUGGUCGCUUGCAAGAAGGAACCUUCAUUUGGUCGUAUUUUAUGGGGCUAUUUCAAUGCUCCUGGUAAUGUAAUGUUUGUUACUACUAACGUCUUGACAUUGACCGGUAUGGUGGCAUAUAGCACAAUAGUAUCUUCAAGAAGAGAUUCUAUUGUCGAUGACAGGUUUUUACCAUUGCAUAAAAGGGCCAAUGUUGAAAAUACGGUAUAUAAAGGUUAUAAAAUGUUACCUCAAGUAGAAGAAGAACCAGUUCCAACAGAAUUACAAGAAAACGUGGAUGAAAAGGAGAGUAUUACUCUAAGUUCAGAAGAAAUAUCAAGAAUUGAGAAAUCGACAAUGAAAGAAAUCGAGAAAGAUCGCAAUAGUGAUGAAAAAGUUCAUUUACCUUAUAAUGUCUACAAUGAUGAUAUAUACUUCGAAAAAACGGGUAAAUCAUGUUCAAUCGAUUCUCAGUUAGUAAAAAUGUCUUUGUUUAAUUUGUUAUACGCCUAUCAUUUAUAUUUAGAGGUUUUACAAAAUAACAAGAAUGUAUCGAAAAAAGACAAAAAAUGGAAAAAAGGAACAUCUAAAAAAGAUAAUUUAUGGAAACAAGAAGUUGAAAAUUUACAAAAGGACAUAAACAAAGAGACAAAGAAAAAUAAGAAUGCCAAUUAUUUUUAUAAGUUAUGGAAGAAGGAAUUUACAGACUCAUUUAAAGAAUUAAGUAAAUCACAACAAUUCCAUUUUCCAAGAUGGACAUCAUACCCAGAUGAUUUGCAGAAAAUAUGUGAAGAAUUAUAUUCCAAUGAUAUGGAAACAUUGAGAGAUUUCGAAAAGUUUUAUAACACUGCAGGAGUAUCUUCGAAUGUCAGACAUUUGUUAAAAUUAUGGUUAUUCGACUAUCCUCAUUUAAUUUGCAACAAUAAUAGUCCCAAUAGUAUCAAAAAGAAUGAAUUGUUUUAUAGAAACCUGAUAGAAGACUCAUUCGGAAAUACUGAAUUAUUUCUGAAAUACUCCUCUAUUGUGACAGAUCCAUUUAAUACUAAAAAUCUGCUUUUUUUCCCACUCUUUUUAACCUCAAAGGGGAGAAAAGUAGUAGUACCUAGCAUAUCCUUAGACACCUUACUCUCAGUGCUGAAAGGUUUCACAAUCUUAAAAGAAAAAAAAGGAGUUGAAUGCCAUGAUGAAAUUGUCACAUUAAUAUCGAUGUUGAAAACUAAUUGUGUUUUAGAUAAUAACAAACAAAACGGUGAAAGCGAAAACUCAAAAGUAAGAGUCUUAUUAUUACCAGAAGAUAAUGAUGGACAGAAACGAAAAAUGGUAAAAAAACUUGAACAAACACCAGAGAAUGAGAAAAGGUGCUUCCAAUUAGUGUCACACAAUUCUAACCUAGUUGAACUCCUAAAAACAAUUUCCAAAUGGUAA